UCUCACUUCAAUUAUCUCUCUCUCUCUCUCUCUCUCUCUCUCUCAUGGCAAUUCGCCGAACACUUUCCAAGCGCUUGUUCAGCGCCACAACUCCAGACUCAAUAUCUCCGAUCACAACUCCGCCGCCGUCCAUGGCGGCGCGGCCCAACGCAGCCAAAGCGAACCACCACCGCGAGUUCAUCACCUCCCCGGACUCCGCCACCGCCGGCUUCUUCCGCCGCUUCCUCCAGCGUCGAUCCAUCAACAACGACCAUUCCUCUCCCGCCGACGCCUUCCCCUCCUUCCUCACGCUCCCCGUCGGAGAGAAGCUCCGCGAGAAAAUCAGGUCAAUGAACGUCUCCGCCGGCGGAGACCAUCGCCUCCACCUCGACGAGUUGAUCCCGCCGCGCCCGACGGCGGCGGAGGAGGAAGGUUUCCGUGUUGCUGCGGCGGACGCGAAGAGAGUGCUGAGGUUCGUGCGGAUGGAGCAGAUCCGAGAGACGCUGAGGAAUAUUCCGGCGAGUGCGAUUCCGCACGGCGAGUUUGUACGGAUCUGCGGUGACGUGUGCGGCGAUAGAGAAAUGGGGCCGGAGUUUGCGAAGACGCUGGAUGAAUCUGGAAACGUCAUCGUUUUAGGUGGCGUCGUUUUCCUCCGCCCCGAUCAGGUGGCCAAAUCAAUGGAGACACUAAUUUCUCAAUCAAUAGCCAUGCCAAAUGAUCCACGAAGAAAAGAAUUGGAUAAUCUCGAACACGAAAAAGCCUUGAUCGAUAAAAAAGCCCGAUCAAUCGUUCGAGCAGAACUUUACUGCGGGCUGGGCUUUAUGAUUGCUCAAACAUUGGGCUUCAUGAGGCUAACUUUUUGGGAGCUGAGUUGGGAUGUGAUGGAGCCCAUUUGCUUCUUUGUGACCUCGCUUCACUUUGCGUUAGCCUACGGCUUCUUUUUGAGGACUUCGAAAGAGCCAUCUUUCGAAGGCUAUUUUCAGCGCAGGUUCAGAGUUAAGCAAAAGAAACUUAUGGAAUUGCAUAGUUUCGAUUUGGAGAGGUAUAAUCAGCUGUGUGAGGCUUUCUAUCCCAGUUAUGGGAAGCAAUAUUAUAGCAAGAAUUCCGUCGAGUGUUUAAAUCGUGGACGAGGGUCGGAUUUUGGUUCGAUCUAUGGUUGAAUGGUACCAAGCACAUAUCAUUAGUGUUUUUUUUUUUGCCUAGUUAAAUAUAAUGAGGUGGGAAUGGAAUGAGAUUUUGAGUUUGUAGAGUUUUGUAAGUAAAAACUACAAGUAACUUUUGUGUAGGUCUUUUUUAUGUAUGGAAUCUAAUUAUAAGGUUUAUUCUAUGCUGUAUUGGA